AUGCAGAGAACGGUAUCGCAAAUAACGAUUCCUUUCAGCAGCCAAUGUCCCUCAACGUUACCUACAGCGGCAACAAUGGAGGCUGAGCUCGUAAUAGCAAAAACGUCAGUGUGGUGGGACUUUGAAAACUGCAUGGUACCUAAAGGUUGUGAUGGCAGUGCCAUUGCUCAUAACAUUAAGUCAGCUUUGUUGGAAAGGAACUACUGUGGUCCGAUCACCAUUUAUGCCUAUGGUGAUACCAAUAAAAUGUCUUCCUCUGUACACAGUCUCUCCGCCACCGCCUUGUCCCUCAUUCACGUUCCUCCGGGGGUUAAAGAUGGGAGCGACAAAAAGAUCCUUGUAGACAUGUUAUUGUGGGCAAUGGAAAACAAAGCUCCUGCUAAUAUAAUGCUCAUAUCUGGUGAUAGAGACUUUGCUUACGCUCUCCACCAGCUAGGGAUGAAAAGAUACAACAUUCUUCUGGCCACGCAACCUGAGAUAGCAUCUCCCUUUCUAAUUGCAGCUGCAAAGAUGGUUUGGUUUUGGAAAAGCAUAGUUGCAACUGGUUCUGUCUCUGCCUCUACGGUUCUUUAA